CCCAUCCCCAUCUCUUCCACUCCACUCCACUCCACUCCACUCCUUUUCCCGCCAUGGGCGACCGCGGAGACCAACGCCUCGCGGCGCAGCAGCAUCAGCAGCAGCGGCCGGGGGAGGCGAUGAAGGGGCUGCUGCAGCUGCCGCUGCCGGAGAAGGCGCCGUCGGCGUCGCAGGCGCUGACGGUGGUGACGCUGUUCCCGGCGGGCGGGCUGCUGCUGGUGCUGUCGGGCCUCGCGCUGGCCGCGUCCGUCGUCGGGGUGGUCGUCGCCGCGCCCGUCUUCCUCCUCUUCAGCCCCGUGCUCGUCCCGGCCGCCCUCCUCCUCGCCCUGGCCGUCGCCGGCUUCCUCGCCUCCGGCGCCCUGGGCCUCGGCGGGCUGUCCUCCCUCUCCUGGCUCGCCGACACCCUCCGCGCCAUGUUCCAGAAGACCCCGGACUACGUCGACCAGGCCAAGCGCCGGAUGGCCGACGCCGCCGCGCACGCCGGCCAGCGCACCAAGGACGCCGGCCAGACCGUCCAGACCAAGGCGCACGAGUCUGCCGGCAAGACUUAGUCAGUCUGUCACUGUCAGUCUGUCUGUCUGUCUGUCUGCCUGCCAGUCGAGUGUGGUUGUGUAAUUCGGACAAGUAAAAGAGAGAGAGAGAGAGAGAGAGAGAGAGAGAAGAGUCGCUGGUAUCUGUUUAAUUGUUGCUCUGCUUAAUGUAGUGUGCUUGUUGUGUGUGUUAAAGUUCCUUGUACCGGUAAUAGUGUGAUCGAGCCCCCCCUCCUCGUUUUCUUUUCAUUUUUCUUUCUUUUUCUUUUUCUUUUAUUUUUCUCUCUUGGGGAAUCUAAUAUGUUACUGGUGUACUGAGUUGUUGGUAAU